CCCCAUCAUUGGUGUCAGUGGGGAAUGUGCCCCAUCAUUGGUGUCGGGGGGAUGAAUGUGCCCCAUCAUUGGUGUUCAUGGGAGGAAUAGUGCCCAUCAUUGGUGUCAGUGGGAUGGAAUAGUGCCCCAUCAUUGGUGUCAGUGGAGGGAAUAGUGCCCAUCAUUGGUGUUUGGAUGAAUAGCCGCCCCAUCAUUGUGUCAGUAGGAGGAAGAGUGUCCCAAUCAUUGGUAUCAGUGGGAGGAAUAGUGCCCCAUCAUUGGUGUCAGUGGGGAGGAAUAGUGCCCCAUCAUUGGUAUCAGUGGAGAAUAGUGCCCCAAUACAUUUGUUUCAGUUGGAUGAUUAGUGCCCGCAUCAUUGGUGUCUGUGGGAGGAAUAGGCCCAUCUAUUGGUAUGCCCAGUGGGAG